AUGGCCUACACAUCUAUCACGGUUCAAGGCCCACAUGAGGUAUCGCAACCAGACCAUGAAUCUCAGCUCCAAACCCAACUACAAUCCAUACCCAAAACCACAACAGAGCUCCUCAUCGGAGGUGACACCCCAUUGGACCCCGAGUGGGCUCUACUCGGAGCCCACUUCUCCGCCGUGGAGAACCUAAAGCUAGAGGGCCAUAGCCAUAACCAAGAUCUGAACGACAAGCUGAUUCCACUCCACCGGCCUCUGCAGCAGCUCACUCUAUUCUCGCCAUACAGAGAGCUAGUUCAAAGUCCCUUCGUACGUAAGGGGCUAGUCGGGCACCCAAUCCUGUUCUACGCCUGUUACCUACGCUUCGAAGGUCCCACGACCGAGAAUCUCUCUCUCGCGGAGCAGGAAGCCCUUUCGAGGGGAGAGACAGGGUUCAAACCCGUCACUGCCAAAUUAAGUAAGCCGGACGAAAAGAAAAUUGAGGUUGUCGAUUUCCCAAGCUUGGUGGCAGAACACAUGUACAAGGUCCUCGGUGAGAACUCAAAUAUUGAACCGGAGAACGAGCCUCCUGAGGGCUCAACCAACCUACAAACUCUGGAAAUCUGGGAAUACGACGUUAUCGAUACGUUUUGUCAUAAGUCCAACAUGCAGACAAUCCACAAGGUCCUUCCGCCUAACCUAACAGCCCUUUACUUCCGCGGUCCGGCUUCACUACCCCAGUCUGAGCUCUGGGUGGAUUGGCUGCGGGCUUUUGAGUCUCCGGGUUUUCUCCCGCAGCUACAGCGCUUGGCCAUUGUAUUGGAUAUACACUACGAAUAUUCAAAGGGUUGGGGUCGGAAGGCGGAUACCAAAGCUCCGGAAGAGGUACUACGGCAGGCACGGGAGGCAUGCGAGCCCCUCUAUGAGAUUGCUCGCAAACGUGGAAUUACUAUUGAGUCUAUGCCGACAGAGCCUGAGUUGUGGUACUUGAGGCCCGUGGAUGACCGGUGGUAG